AUGCCAGCCCACAAAGACUUGUUCAUUGGCCAUGUUUGCCUUGGAAUCAGUGGAGUGAGCAGGAUUGUGUCUUCCAUUCUCCUGAUUUUCCUCCUAACUCCGUCUAUGGCCUUGAUGAACACCAAUGACAGCCAUCUUCUGGAUGGAUCUGUUGGGACCCAAAUCAUCCAUGUCAAUGCCUUCCGAGGUAUGGUCAGCAUCCGGGACAACAAUGUUUUGAGUGAAUGGGAUGGAAUCAUGGACUACAAGAAUGCCCUCCUGGCAGCUAAGCUGUUUAGUAAGAUGGCCUGUGUCCUGGUCAAGAUGAACCAAGCUGCCUUCCCAACUUUAGAGGAAAUUAUCGGGGCCCUGGAUCAGCAGGCUUUAAAGCAAUACCCAUCCACCCAUGGCCUGACCUAUACUGUUUUACCCGGCCGGGUCAAGAACUUAGCCCAGUAUGGAAUGCCCAUCAAGGACAUGUGCAGAGCUGUCCCCACCUACUUUGCCCAGCAACAAAAAGAAGGUGUGGCACUGGCAACUGACCCUGAGUCCUGUUUUGAAAUGCAACUUCUGUCCUUUAUGGGGCUCGCCAUCUGUGGUGAGAUUCCUGGGCUCUGAACCUCCAGGUCAGCCACUUGGAGAGUGGACACUUGGAUUAGGCUGCCAGUCUGGAGCCAGUGCUCGAGGGCCUGACCCUCCCUCUGUCUGUAGGAUGCUGCUUAUUCACUCCUCCACCUUCUGCCUUUUGACCAAUGCCCAGCUUUGUAAUCAGGAAAGUAAGGUGCAUUUCUCCCUCUGGGCUAGCAUAAUAAAGCUUCCACUUGCCUCACUGAUCUAGCAGAUGGUUAAACUGAGCCCUCCCUGCCUACAUGGUCCUCUCUCAAGUUACCGGCAUUCCCAGCCACA